UUAAAAUUACAUGGAUGACCUUAUAAUUGUAAUUAUAAUUAUAAUUAUAAAACUUAAACAUUCUUCCAAAGUCGUAUAAGAACAUGGUUGUAACUUCUAUUAUAGCUUAAUAGCUUCUCAAUGGCCUGGAAAAUAAUUUGUUCUCUUCAUCUUCUUUUCUACACAUCUCUUUCUCUAAUAAGUUUGACAACUAGUCAAAAUAAUGCUACCUUUCUAGGCUGGAAAUGUAUAGACUCAAAUGGCAUUGGCAACUAUACUAAAAAUAGCCUUUUCCAUUCGAACCUCUUAAAUGCCUUAUCUAAUCUUACCUCCCUCUCCUCUUCCAAUAUCUUCUCCAACUACUCUGAAGGAGUACGCGAGGAUGCUGCAAACGAAGUCUUCGCCUUAUACGACUGUCGAAACGAUCUUCCACUUCGAACAUGCCAUGAUUGCGUUGAGGAAGCCACAAAGAAUCUCUUGGAGAUUUGCACCUCCAAAGAGGCCAUAGCCCACUAUGAGCAAUGCAUGUUACGCUAUGCAAACCGUCCAAUCUACAACAUCAUGGAGUUGAAGCCCCAACUUUAUUUCUGUGAGAUCAGUAUACCUGAUGGAGGCGAGUUAAAUCGAACCGUUGAACCGAUCUUAAAAGGACUAAUAGAUCAAGCUACAAUGGAGAACUCAUCGCGCUACUUUGGACUAGGAGACGAGAGUUAUUUUGAGUAUCAGAGAGUAUAUAGUAUGGUUCAAUGUACUCCUGAUAUAAGUAGGGAGCAAUGCAAAGAGUGUUUGAUGAAUUCCUUGAAUUACACCCUUCAAUGUUCAAAUGGUAGUAUGAUGUCAAGUUAUCACGGCGUGCCAAGUUGCUUUAUGAGAUACGAUUUUGUAUCUUUCUACAAUAUAUCGUCACCAAGCCCUUCACCAGUUCCUCUCAUGGCUAUCAAUCAGUCAACACAUUCAAGGACUACUAGUAAUAAUGGAGGUCAACGUUUGUAUUCUACUAGAAACUUACUUUUUAUUUUCUGCUUUUCUUUUUCUUUGGUAAUCAUGCAUGUGAUGUUAUAACAUUGUUUCUUAGAAGGGGAGUAUUCUUAGAGAAAAUAUGUACGAUUACUUGUAUAUUUAUGGUCAAAUUAGGUCAUUGUCACAAAUAUAGUUUUAAAAAGGUUGAUCUUAAUUUGCAAACUUGAACGAACUUAUGGUCUUUUCCAUUUAAUGAUCUUACCUUUGAAUAUCCUGCUAACAUACCGAUUUGGACUGUAUCCGCACACUAUUAGUAGUACUAUUUGCUUAUUUGUAGGAUUGGUUAGUUCAUUCAACUACCUUGACGGCUGGUGGUUGAAAAUCAAAUUACAAUUU